CAAAGUUUGCGGUGGUUUAUCACGGUAGGGGUGGGAAAGUGUCCCCUUCUUCCCUUCUAGGUUCUUUGGCUGGUCUGAUAAUUAAACUGAUACAAGGCAGAUUAACAGGAGAAAACCAGAUGUAAUUAUGUACAGAGGGGAGCCCCCCAAAGCCAUCAGGACUCCCCAGGCUUAGCCGGGCAGCUGAGGCUUCUGUAAAUCCUGCCUGGGCGGGACGUCAGGAUACCGAGGAGGGAAGGCCUUUCCCGGGAAGGAGAGGAGGCCUUGGGAUAACAAAGGCUGCCCUAUUGUGCAGGGGUUUCUCAGGUAAAACUGUCUCUUCUGACCCAGGCCCCCUUUCCAAUGUAAAUGUAGGCAGUUGAGGGGGAAGGAAAGAGCCUUUCCUGAAUCUGCUGGGUUUUGAUUGCUUUUAUCUCAAAACAGUCCUUGUGCCAAGGUGGCAUAUUUUGGGGUGAAAAAACCUGUUCCCCUUCGUUGCCUUGUGUGUUUGGUGACCUCUGAGCUCGAAUGAGUUUGGCCGUAGUCUGUGGAAAGCCUGGGCCUGCACUGGACCUAGUGGAGUGUACUGCAAACUCUCCGCUGGGGGUUUUCUCAGUCAUGCUCCUGGGUCGGGGGACUGAGGGUCUGACUUUGUCUCCUUCACUCCUGACCCGGGGUCUCAGACACAGGCCCCUCGUGCAUGUACCCUUAGGACAACCCUGCCUUUUGCUGGCUUCAGUUCUUUUGUUUUUUUAGUUGAUAAAUAUUUUUUUAAUGAAACAGCUCCUUUUUAAUACCUACAUUUUCUCUUUUUAUUUUAUUUAUUUAUUUUUAAAAUAUUUAUUUAUUUAUUUGGUUGCACUGGGUCUUAGUUGUGGCAGGCGGGCUCCUUAGUUGCAACUCCAGGGGUCCUUAGUUGCAGCUCGCCAGCUCCUUAGUUGUGGCAUGCAAACUCUUAGUUGUGGCAUGCAUGUGGGAUCUAAUUCCCUGACCAGGGAUCGAACCCAGGCCCCCUGCAUUGGGAGUGCGGAGUCUUAUCCACUGCGCCACCAGGGAAGUCCCUCUCUUUUUAAAACAGAUCUUUUUAUUUAGAGCAGUUUUAGGUUCACAGCAAAACUGAGGAGAGGUAUAGAGCUUUCCUGUGUCCCCCCCAGCCCCAAACACAUGCACAGCGCCCCCACUGUCAACAUCCCUCACCGGAUGGUACAUUUGUUACAACUACAAUGACACAUCAUCAUCAUCCAAAGACCACAGUUAACAUCACAGUUCACUCUUAGUGUUGUAUAGUAAGUCCCCUACACACGAGCCUUCAAGUUGCAAACGCGUGUUCGCAUGUCCAUCCACGUAAGUUAGUUCCCCUGUCCGGCGUACACUGUCACGUGUGUGCAUCCUCUACAAGUGGACGGCCACUGUGCUUUUGUGUACCUUACUGUACAGUACUGUCUAGAGUACAGUAGUACAGUAUCUUCAUUUCAAGCCCAGGAUGUCCGGAAGCAAGCGUAAACGCAGCGGUAUAUAUAGCUGAUUGUGUUAGUUGGGUACCUAGGCUAACUUUGUUGGACUUACGAACAAACUGGACUUACGAACGUGCUCUUGGAAUGGAACUCGUUUUGUAUGUAAGGGACUUACUGUACAUUCUGUGGGUUCAGACAUAUGGACAUGUAUCCACCAUUAUAGUAUCAUAAGGAAAAGUUACUGCCCUAAAAGUUUCCUGUGUUAUCAAAUGAAACUUCACGUGCCUGAUGCACAGUGAGGCCCAAAAAACCAAAAUGGCAGAGUAUGGAGCAGAGAAAGGUUUACUGCAGGGCCAAGCAAGGAGAACCGGCGGCUUGUGCUCCAAAGACCCGAACUCCCCAGUGGUUUUUAGGGAAAAGUCUUUAAUAGGCAAAAUUUGGGGUGAGCGCUUCAGGGUGUGGGACUUCCUUCUGAUUGGUUGGUGGUGAGGUAAGAGGGCGGAGCUUCAGGAAUCAUGUGCUCAGCCUGAAGUUACCAUCCUCCACCUGGGUUCUGCAGAAGAGCUCAGACAGGUAUUGCGAUGUGUAUUCCUUGAGGAGGAAGGAGGAGGGACCCCGCCCCAAGGCUGCGCUAUUUCCUGACCGCUCCUCCCUGGUCUCUGCAUCCCCUCCCUUCCCUGAUCAGCAACUGUUUGAAGCUGCCCUUUGGAACUCAGGGAAGGUCUAUGAGGCUGAACCCUUUUACCUGCCAACAAGAAAAGGGGACACAAAAAGGCUUUUGUACCCGGGAGGGCCCCGCAGGGUCCUGCUCCAUUUCACCUGUGCUCCCUCCUCCCAAGCCCUUGUCAGCCACUGAGCUUUAUACUGUAGCAGUUUGGAAUCACAGUCUGUAGCCUGUUCACGUGGACUUCUUUCAUUUAAUAAUAUGCACUUAAGUUUUCCCCAUGUCUUUUCAUAACUCAUUCCUUUUAGCACCGAAUAAUACUCCAUUCUUGGGAUACACCGCAGUUUAUUUAUCCAUUUACUUACCGGAGGACAUCUUGGGCGCUCCCACAUUUUGACAAUUACGAACCAAGCUCCUAUAAACGAACAUCCACGCAGGUUUUUGUAUGGACAUGUUUUCAACUCCUAAGGGUAAAUACCAAGGAGUACAAUUGCUGGAUCAUAUGAAAAGAGAUGAAGUUGCUGGAGCAGUCGGGCUCCCUGAAAGGCUCGCUGGGCGCCGAGGAGCAGCUGUCACUCAUCAGCAGUUGUUCCGACAUCCGGGAGGCGGUAGAGGGCGCCCUGCACGUCCAGGAAUGUGUUCCAGAAAACCUCGAGCUGAAGAAGCAGCUCUUUGCUCAGCUGGAUGGAAUCGUGGGUGACCAAGUUGUGCUGAGCAGCUCCAGCUCCUGCCUCCUGCCCACCAGGCUGUUCUCUGGCUUGGUACACGUGAAGCAGUGCCUCGUGGCGCAUCCUGUAAAUCCACCCUACUACGUCCCGUUGGUGGAGCUGGUCCCACACCCAGAGACGGCCCCUGCGACGGUGGACAGAACCUAUGCCCUGAUGCGGAAGAUCGGACAGUCCCCGGUCAGACUCAGGAAGGAGGUGGACGGCUUCGCUCUGAAUCGUCUCCAGUAUGCCAUCAUCAGCGAGGCCUGGAGGCUCGUGGAGGAAGAAGUAGUGUCCCCGGGCGACCUUGACGUCGUCAUGUCGGACGGCCUGGGCAUGCGGUACGCGUUCAUUGGGCCCCUGGAGACCAUGCACCUCAACGCCGAAGGUAUGUUAAGCUACUGUGACAGGUACAGCGAGGGCAUGAAACAUGUCCUAAAGACUUUUGGACCCGUUCCAGAGUUUUCCGGGGCCGCAGCUGAAAAAGUGCACCAGGCCAUGUGCGUGAAGGUUCCAGAUGACCCGGAGCACUUAGCUGCCAGGAGGGAGUGGAGGGACAGGUGCCUCAUGAGACUUGCCAGACUGAAGAGCCAGCUGCAGCCCCAGUGAAGCCUCGCGCGACCACUGCCGCCCGUGCUGGAGCCCGUUCGCUGGAAGCACGAGCCCCUGUCAGGGGGCUCAGAGACGCGGGGAGGCCUUGGGAGCCCAGCAGGCAGAGCACGACCUGCUCUCCACUAGGCAGGCGCCCCGGUGAACUGGGGGUCAGAGCAGCGCUGAGGUCUGCGGGCUGGCUCCCCUGCCACCAGGGCAGCCAAGAGAGCAAAUGGCCUGAAGAUUUUACCAUUUAUUUCCCGUGUGGUUCCAUGUGGAUGCCCUUCAUAGCCAGUGAUUGUAGUUUCAAGUUACUUUAAUCUGCUGCACAAUAUUUUUAUCGUUAUUUUCUGACCUCUCGCCGAGUACUCUGCGGCCCUGCAUUUAUGAGGCAACUCCCUUCAUUUUCUUGAUGCUUAUUCCAAAUAAAAGCGUUUGAUUCCAUAAA